AUGUUCCCAAAUUGGCACAGACUGAAGCUAUCGCAGAGCCCACGCUCUAUCCCUGCUCUGCUUUUUCAAUACACUUGGACGCACGAUGGCUAUGAGCUUUACCUGACCGAUCUCACUUCCAUCUGGUCAGAACGACUGUGUGUCGAGGAUAUCUCCAAUCGCGCAGAGCAGAAUGCCACCACAAUUGAUCCCAACGAAGGGUCCGACCAACUGGACCUUCUACUCAGAAAGAUCGAUGAAGCUCUAGGCGGCAAUUCAAGCAAACCAGUAAUAUACAGUGGAUCCCGAACCGAUUCGCUCGAGCUCCAUAUCAGUGCUAAGUUACCUGCUCCACUAAGGCCCCUCGAAUGGACAUUGUUACUGCAGAAAGAGCCUACAGAAGCUCUGGUCAGCCACGUUUUGCUGCCGCUGAUCAAAGAUGGAGCUGAAUGGGAGUCCCGCCAGCGAAACCUACUGGAUCAGAUCAAGCAGAAAGACUGGAUUCUGGGGAAACUGUUUGAUCGGAUAGAGUCCCUUGGAGUCGAAAUAGGGACAAUAUUUCCUAGCGCUGUUGGAUUUCGCUCUGCUAGAAAGGGCGGUACGCGAUCUGAAGCUGCCAGGUUCAUUAAAGGCGUGGCGCCAUUUGACGAACAGGCCUGGCUCUCUCAGUCAGGAACCUCUUCCGAUGGCUCCAACUUAGCUUCAAACAUAGCGCACGAGAUUUUUGGAGUGGAAACUGAGCGUGAUGUUGAACAAAAUCACCAAGCGCAAAAUGAGUGGUGGCUGGAGCUCGGAAAACGCUCGGAAUCGUCCUUCCACGACGAAAAUGAAUCCGCCUUAGAGGAGCACGCUGCUCCAGUUCAGCAACGGUCGAAUCUCCAAGAACAUACAGAGCGAGGCCAAAAUGAUGGUGAAACCACAGCUACCACUGAUUCUGAAUUUGAGCGAGAUGAAAGACCAUUUAGAAAGGUCGCACCUAAAAAACGAGUAUCUUCAUCCCCGAAGCCGACACCGAAACCAAGCCCCAAGAUAGCUAGUCCUCCAGCACCGGCCAGUAAAGACGGUGAUGCAACAGCAUCUGAAUCUGAGUCUAAUCUCGAUUCUGCGCCCGGACCACGAAGAACCAAGAUACCAAGCAGCUCCCCUUCGCCAAAGUCCGAUGCGUCCACUAGUGGCAAACCGCCACCCAAAAAGGCAAUGGGAAGACUGGGUAUCAUUGGAGGCAAGAAAAAGAAAGCCGAGGAAAAGCAAUAUCCACCAUCUUCACCCGAAGACCCAACACCAGACACAUCAAGUCCAGCCAGAAACGACCCAGCUCCAUCACCAGCUAAGACAAAAAUGUCUUCAAAGCUCGGAGUAAUAGGCGGGAAGAAUAAGGCAAAACGCAAAGAAACUUCUCCGCCUGCCCCUUCUACACUCUCUCCUGAUCAGCAACCUCCACCUAAAGAGGAAGAACCGACUCCGAAGAAGCCGAUCAGAGAAUCUCCAAUUAACGAGAAACCUACAAAGCCACCCACCAAGGCUGCUCCCGAGUCUGCGGAAACAGAAGAGGAGAUGGCAAAGCGGAGACGGGAAGAACUGAAGCGGCAGCUGGAGGCUCAGAGUAAAGCUCCUGCGAAGAAGAAGCGGAGGUUUUGA